UGAACUUUGCGGGGUCCGGGCUUCUCUCCGGCUUCCCGUCCGCGGCGCCCAGGCGCGGGGAGCGCGGAGCCGCGGCUCCGGACGGACAGACAGCCGGCCCGCCGCGCCCGGGCUCGCCCGCGGGGCCCCUGCCCUCCAGCCCCUCCCGCCGAGCCGCCGGGACCAUGUCCAAACCCUCAGACCACAUCAAGCGGCCCAUGAACGCCUUCAUGGUGUGGUCCCGGGGCCAGCGGCGCAAGAUGGCCCAGGAGAACCCCAAGAUGCACAACUCCGAGAUCAGCAAGCGCCUGGGCGCCGAGUGGAAGCUUCUGUCCGAGGCCGAGAAGCGGCCGUACAUCGACGAGGCCAAGCGGCUCCGCGCGCAGCACAUGAAGGAACACCCCGACUACAAGUACCGGCCGCGGCGCAAGCCCAAGAACCUGCUCAAGAAGGACAGGUAUGUCUUCCCCUUGCCCUACCUGGGCGACACGGACCCGCUCAAGGCGGCCGGCCUGCCCGUGGGGGCCUCCGACGGCCUCCUGGGCGCGCCCGAGAAAGCCCGGGCCUUCCUGCCGCCCGCCUCGGCGCCCUACUCCCUGCUGGACCCCGCGCAGUUUAGCUCGAGCGCCAUCCAGAAGAUGGGCGAAGUGCCCCACACCUUGGCCACCGGCGCGCUGCCCUACGCGUCCACCCUGGGCUACCAGAACGGCGCUUUCGGCAGCCUCGGCUGCCCCAGCCAGCACACGCACACGCACCCGUCCCCCACCAACCCGGGCUACCUGCAGCCCCCCGUCGCCUACAUCCUCUUCCCAGGCAUGACCAAGACGGGCAUAGACCCCUACUCGUCAGCCCACGCCACGGCCAUGUAACCCCCACCCGGCCCGGACCCGAAGGGUGGCCUGGAAGUGGGGUCUGCGCCCCGGCCUCUGCGCCUAGCCCGGCCUGCGGACGCCUCCGGGCCGGCCCUGCCGCCGCGCCCCCGACGCCACCCCAGACUCUCUGUCUCUCCGCUGGGGGGAAGGGCGGAGCGUCCUCCCGGACCGAGGGCAGACAGGUGCCAGAAACUCGCCAACUCGUGACAGCUGCACAGCUGCCCCUGUCCUGACUCUCCCCACUCAAACCUCCGACUGUACCCCCUUUGGACAAAAAGGAGGCAGUUUUCCUUAAAUAUGUCCUCUUCCCUCCCUCGGAGAGGCUUUGGACUCUGAACUCCCAAAUCCUGAUAUUAUAUCUAGAAUACGCAUAUAUAUUUUUUUCCUUUUGUCCCCUGAAGAAAAGAGUUAGCUGCAUCUCUGUUUUGCCAUCAGACACAGCCAGGUGCCAUUUGCUCUUCGUGUGUCGGGGGAACGCUGCAAAGUUUUAAACUGCUGAGAGGGAAACAUUUCUAUUUAAGACCAUGCUGUGACAGUGUUUGCUUCUUUAAAGGGGGGGGGGGAAGGACCCACAUGGCUAUUUACUUUGUGUAAAGCAGUGCUCCUAGAAACCUAAGUUUACUUUUAGACAGAAUGUCGGGUUAUGAAGUCAGGAAGUAGAAAGUGAACAAAAAAUUAAAAGAAUAAAAACAUCCUAAAUAGUUAUAAAUGUUUUGACGAUGUCUUGGAAAUGUACCUAGAAGGAUUUUACCUCGUGGCUCUGUUCAUUUGUUGAACAAAGAUGUUUUGAAUAAAGACAAUCUGUCAUUG